AUGUCCUUGGUCAUCAACGAAGAAGUAUUCGGAACCGUUGUUGCCCAUGUACGAGUCAUCGAGUUUCAGAAACGCGGUCUUCCCCACGCUCAGGUUGUAUUUUUCCUAGAUGAAGUCUCUAAGAAUGAUCUGCGUACUCCCGAAAACGUCUACCGCAUUAUCUCUGCCGAGAUCCCGUCUGCCCAAGAUCCAGAACUCCAAGAGGUCGUGCUCAAGCAUAUGAUUCACACUCCAUGUGGAGAACACAAUCCAACAGCUGUGUGCAUGGGGGAGCGGCACUGCAGGAAAGGGUUUCCAAAAUCGUUCAAACACGAAACCAGCCAGUCCGACAGUGGCGUCUCUAUCGAGCGACCCUCCCGUAUUGGCCGACGACAGCAACCCGUCGUGGUAGACAACUCCUGGGUCGUUCCCCACAGUCCUGUGCUUCUACGUUCAUUCGCUUGCCAUUUGAAUGUUGAACUCUGCGUGUCACGCGUUGGCGGAGUCAAGUACCUCUUCAAGUAUUUGUGCAAGGGACAAGACCGAGUGACCAUGGAAAUCACUGCCGAGAACGAGCGCUACGACGAGAUCUCCAACUUCCAAGAUGCCAGAUACGUUUCGGCAUCGGAGGCCGCAUGGAGGUUAUUCUCCUUUGACAUUGUAGACCGCAAUCCUCCAGUAGUCAGGCUUGCAGUGCAUCUGCCCAACCACCACACGGUGUACUUUGAGGAAGGGCGAGAGCAGGAGGCGGCGCUUCGACCAGCAACAGGCACGAAGCUGACCGAGUGGUUUAAAGCCAACGAGAAGUACCCAAGCGCGCGGCAUAUUCGGUACCACAAGUUUCCAAGGUACUUUACGUGGAAGACACACACCAAGUCAUGGAGUCCAAGAGCAACCCUGCGAAGACGGAACGCCAGCAGCGAAGAGGAAGCCUACGAUUUCAGUGGUACAGGUGUCAACGUAGUCGUGCCAGGUGCAACAUCCUUCGAGACCUUGCGAAAUAUCGACGGCGAGCAGUGCACCAGCUUCCGACAAGCUUGCUUACGACUCGGUUUGCUGGCCGAUGAUGCCGAGUGGAAGCACGCAAUCCGAGAUUCAUUCCGGUCAAGCUUCGUUCCUCUUUCUCAUCUGUUUGCUACGAUUCUGGCACACUGCCAGGCUUCGGACCCUCUCUCGCUGUGGAACGACCACCUGGACAUGUUUCUCACCGAUAUUCGCAAUCGUGCACGCGGACAACCCAUUCGAAGACAGCAGCUUCGCGAUGAUCACCGCGCCAAAUCUUACGUGCUUCGAGAGGUACAGGAGGCCCUGCAGACCGUGCGUUCCGACUGGACGCUCGCAAACUUCGGACUCCCACCGCCCGAUGACAGCCUUCCCGCUUUGGAACAGCAAAACGAGAUCGAGACCCCCGAAGCAAGAGCGCAGCAGUGGGAAGAGCGACUGCAGACGGCCCUGCCGCUGUUGAACACAAAUCAACGCCAUGCCUUUGACGAAAUAGUGGGCUCCAUGCUUCCAGGCGUAUCCGUCUCUGCAUUGCUUCAAGGAUCCUCAAGCGGCGUGGCGGGACCUUCUAUGCCGACACGAAGUGACUUCCUUCGUACGCGCCGUAAGCAAGUCAUCGCUGUCGCUACGUCUGCUGUUGCUGUUGUGUUGCUCGACGGUGGACGCACUGCUCAUUCCGUGUUCAAGGUUCCCAUUCCUGUAUCUGCCGAAAGCACGUGCAGCUUCUCCGCAAACUCCGACACUGGCCGUACACUGCAACAAGUCGAUCUCAUCAUAUGGGACGAGAUCGUCAUGUGCCAUCGACAUUGCAUUGAGACUGUCGAUCGCUCCCUUCGCGACUUGAUGCAAACCGACCGGUCCUUCGGAGGAAAGUUCCUCGUGCUCGCUGGAGACUUUAGACAAAUCCUUCCUGUCGUUCCGGGCGGGUCCCGAGGUCAAAUCGUGAGCGCGUGCGUUAAGGCUUCCCUGCUGUAUCGAGAAUGCCGAUUCCUGCGCCUUACCGAGAACAUGCGCCUUGCUGCUCUCCGAGCGGACCCUGCAGCAGAUGUGGAGGCUCUCAACUUUCCAGAGUUCCUCCUCAGCGUCGGGGAAGGCAGACUUAACGGCGAACAGCGCCCGGAAUGGAUCUCACUACCACAGUCCGUUGCGUUCGAGCAUACCAUCCGCAAUUUAUGCCUCAAGGUCUUCCAAGGGAUUCGAGACAAUCACGCCCACCCUGCCUGCCUCACCAAGCGCGAUAUACUCACCACAAAGAACAGGCCGCUCGAGGAAGUCAAAGAGGUCAUCGGCAACAUGAUUCCGGGACCGUGUCGAACGUAUUUGAGCGCAGACGAGGUCGAGAACGAAGACACCAACGCGCUAAUCUACCCCACAGAAAUGCUCAACACCUUGACCGCCGGAUCUGCUCUACCAGACCACAAGCUCAAGCUCAAGAAAGGCUUCAUCGUCAUGCUUCUGCGCAAUCUCGAUCCCGCUACCGGUCACGUCAACGGCGCGCGAUAUGUCAUCGAGAACAUGACCAACAACCUGCUCUUUCUACGCGUUACCACUGGGUCACACCAAGGCAACAGACUGUGUCUUCCUCGAAUGCCCUGCGGACCAGGAGACGACAACUUUCCCAUCCCUGGCUUCACCCGAACGCAGUUCCCCAUUCGCACGUGCUUCGCCCUUACAACGAACAAAGUGCAAGGCCAAUCCUUCGGUGGCCGCAUUGGUCUCGACUUACGAGAUCACUGCUUCUCGCACGGUCAACUCUACGUCGCACUAUCAAGGACUACUCACCCAGGAAACGUCACUCUCCUCACUCGAGAGUCCAAUUAA